AACGCAACCAUUAUUUUAGCGCGAUCGGAGCAAUGGAAGUUGUGAAAGCGGUUCAAGAAUAUUUGCACAAAAAUGUGCUAACCAAAGACAUGAAAUGGUGGGUCCAAUUCCGGAAACCUGAAAAUAUUAUGAAGCAUCAAGAUACCUUCCUAUAUUGUGAGAUUCUUCUGUAUGUGAUGGCAUUUUUAACCUUGGUCCAUGCUAUCCGCAAUGGUGGUAGGUUCUGGUGGCUAUGGGUUGCAGCAUUGUUUCAUGGCCUGACAGUGGAAUGUGUGAGUUACUUCCUGCCGGAAAUCGAUAACUUCUGGCAUGCCCAGAGCAUGGUCAUGCUGAUAGGACAACGGCUGCCAUUCCAUAUAGUUCUUCUGUAUCCAGCCUUUUACUACAUAGCAUCAGUAGCCGUGUCGCAUAUGAAUCUACGCUGGUGGGCUGAACCAUUUGCGGUUGGUUUAAGUGUGGUGCUGUUGGACGUUCCUUACGACAUCAUGGGUGUGAAGCUGUUGUGGUGGACGUGGCACGAUGAUGAUCCCAACAUCUUCGACCGCCACUAUUGGGUUCCGUGGACCAGCUACUACUUCCACGCAACCUUCGCAGCUGGCUUUACAUUCGUCUUCCAUGGCCUUCGCAGCUUCUGCAGCCAGCCACACAAGUUCCAGUCCUCUGGGUUCAUUCCUGAGUUUAUUGUGGCGGUGAUGACCGGAGUUCUGGCCAUGCCGUGUGGCAUGGUUCAGUUUCUGCCGGUGUACCAUCCUCUACACGACCUGUACCACAUCCACACUGAGGUGUGCGUUCUCCUGCUGCUCGCCGCUUAUCUCCUCAUCGUGUGGAGUGCCGACAGGGUGCGAUUCCAAGAGGGACGGCCUGCCGGGUCCAGGUAUAAAUUUAAUGAGGUAACGUUGGCUGUGUUCCUGCACUACCUUCUAUACAUUUACUUGGUGAUCAAGGCUGAACCAAACAAGAUUCGGUCUUUGGGUUUCCAUCAACCUGUGGGAUCGUGUACAUCAGAGCCUGUUGCUGUGCAGACGCCAUUUGGACAUACACUUCAAAAACAGAAAUAUUUGUGUGUGGAAAAGUACUCUGAAGAUUAUUUUGACUUUCACUGUGUGAAAAAGCCUCCAGUGAUAAACCAGGAAUGGUACACCAUCUGUGGAACUCCAUUUGUAAACCAUGUAGAAUACAUCCUUGUGGUUGCAGCAUUCUGUGUGCUUGGUCUGUUCUGGUACUGGCAACUUCUGUUCAGAUCCGGGGUAUUACCACGGUCAAAGGUGGCCCACAGGAAGUUACAUAGAGAAUGAUCUAAAAUCAUUUCCAACCAGCCACAACAGAUCAUUUCGAGAGUGUAGAAUUAAAAAAAAAAAACUCCUUAGUAAAAUUUUCAGCUUUUUCUACACAUCAGUUUAAAAAUUUUUAUAGACAUGGUUUGUAUCGAUUUAAAAUAAUUAUUAUAGUCUGUUGGUGUCAAAAGGGAAUGGAGUGGAGUGGAGUAAUGUUUAACGUGCACAUUCAGAGCAAGCUGUUAUAGCGCAUGCCUGUCGUGGGCGCAAGUUCUUACGAAGACAGGGAAUCGAUGAACUGCCAUUUUAUCUCUACUGAUGCUCAAAUAUUAAAAUAUAUUGGACCGAAUUUAAUAAACCUGUUUUUCACUUACACGUAUAUAUCUACAUGUAUUUACAAUGCUUAAACACUUGCAUUUAAGAAAAACAGGCUUCAUAAAGUUGGCUCAUUAAGUUUUUAACCUAUAUCAAGUCGCAGGACAUUUUUUACAAAAAAAAUGUAAAUAAAAGUUUUCUUAACAAAUUAAAUUUUAUGGGUUAAAUCUCUUUUUGAUGAAGGUAACUGAUGAAAUGGCCAAGGGAAAAUAAUUGCACACACCUUUCAGUGUAUUGUUUUCAGUCACUUCACGUUCCAUUUUGAUACUGUACAGUACCAGCUUCCAAUUUCUACAGGGCUUCUAGAAGUUUUGUAAAAUACACUAGCCAUAAGAUUUGAACAAUUUAUUAGCCAACAUUAAAAAUUCAUUAGCCCUACUUUACUGAAUAAUAGUAAUAAUCAAAUGUGACCGAAAGAGGGGUAUUGGACAAGCAGCUGUCGCGGUUUGAGAGAUCAGGACUGGGAUGAGGAGGUGGACAGCAAAAGAAGUUGAAAGAUAGGAGUUGCUAGAUCGGGAAGAAAUGAGAUGGAAUUCAGAGGGGUAAAAGGAAAGGGCAGUGGGAUAAAAAAACAAAAACAAAAAAACAUUGGGGGUGGGGGUGGGGGUGGGGGUGGGGGCAGGAUAUUCAUAUUUACAAAAUAGGACUUAACUAACAUUUGAUCCCAAAAAUUCACUAAGUGUCGGGCAUGGCAAUGGGAGUUAUUUACUAGCCCAUCAUUGAAUAUCACUAGCCAUGGGAGUGUGGCUACCAUAAUCUAGAAGCCCCCCGAGUUCUGAAAUUGCCCUUAAUUUCUACUGUAGGGCUUAUCCUACCUGUAUGUCAUUUUCUUCGUCUUAAUUUAUGAAAUCCCAUUUCACAUUAUUGCACAUUUACAAGUGUGAAGGAAAGUAUAUGUACCCACCUCAUAGUGUGUUCUGAAUGUUUGUUUUAAUUUCAUGCAUUGACAAUUUUAUUUUAAUGCAUAUAUUGGUUGCUUGAAAAUAAUUAUUUUACUGAAGUGUUUGAUACACAAAUUUUGAUAUGAAGAGAUCGACACCUUACCAUUUUAAUGCAUGUUUAGAAUGGGGUGUGGUAUUAUCAUAAUCAUUAAUGUAUGUUUCAAUCAUGUGAAAUUGGUGUGUGAAUACAGACAAGUAUAUUGUAA